GUGUAGCGGUUGAAGUUGAUAUACCUACACGCCCUGCCAUGACAUGUACAGGCAUCGGGAUCCAAUGGACCCCUGUCGCGAGACUGGGGUGAAUGCCGCCGGCCGACAGGCCGGAAACGAAACGACCCAGAAACACGAGGUCCCGCGCCGCCGCGUGGCAGAAACGAGACGCAAGUAUUCGGAUUUCGAACAAUGCCUUGACUAUCGCCAGCUUGAGCGUAGCCGAGCCGAAGCAAGAAAAGCAAGAAAACAACAAGCCAGAACCCCAGAACCCCAGGACUCGGAGAUUCGACACGGCACGGAGGAGAACGAAUGCAUGUCGGGGAAGACAUUCGGACGUUUCUGGGUCGACGUCACGCUUGUCCUAGUCGGUUGUUACUAUGCAGGGAGCGGUCAACGGCCCUGCCAGAGUCAGCCGGUGGUCGAGAGCGCUUCACGGGUCGUCGGUUAUCUGGUUUCGGUGAGCCACGCGUACGGCAUAACCAAGAGCCAAAUAGAGAAGGCCCUGUUCCCUCCUCGCAGGCGCAAGCCACACUUCGAACUGCUGGUGGCCAAUGAUACGACAGAACGUCCGGUAGCGUCUAUUUUGGAGGCUAUCGCCCUUCCUUCAACCUCACACGGCGCUCUGCCGCCCAUGCUCGGAGAUCUCGAGGUGCGGCCUCGCACCUGCUGGCACUACACAAAGCACUCUUGCAUCGCUAAUCUUUACCUUUUGCACCUCUCGUCUCGGACCACCCACUACAACUUACAAUGUCCGCCGGGUGCCGUGUCUUGGCCUCCCUCCCGCCUCCGGCUCUUGCUCAACUCACCUCGUCCCCAAGACGGGGUAUUCGCGCUGAAAUCUUCCUUGUCGGGAUGCGGGCAGCUGCAGCACUGCAGCACUGCAACCCUUCACAUCCUUCGAUCUUGUCCCGUCCGCCUCCUCCUCUUGCUCCCAGCACGCCCGGAGCUGACCCGCCGCUGCCAAUCCCACGUGGGUUCAGGCUUUCCGAUCGCUGUCCCUGUGGCGAUCAAUCUAUCGCUGAGGGGUCUUGCAAUCCAACUCCCCUGCCAUCUCGAAAGCUGCAUCAUGCAUCAUCUCAUGCAUGGAAUGGAUCUUUUGCGAUUUCGCAAAAUUCCACACGGUUCGCAACGGAACAACGUUCCUCAACCCACGGAAGGUCAUCUGUCCGUCUGCUUAGCAGAGUUCAGCUUCAUUCCGCAGCACACCCACGCACCCCCGACAUACGAUGCUGCCGACCUGGGCCGCUUGGCUGCCAGCCAGUCUUUCACCAUGUUCCGCCUAAUCAAGUCAACAACAAUUCGAGGCAGAAACAUGCUUAUCAUAUAUGAAUGCGACAUUUUAUUCAUUGCUGCGGGGAUCUAAAAGAAAGGGGGAGAGACAAAAAAAAAAGGGGGGGGGGGGGAGGGG